CAUUUUCUGUCUCGAUACUUUUUUCGUCAAAAUCUAAAACCGUAGCUAUGUGGAACGACGAAGCCGAUCGUUUGCUACUAAAAAACUUCGGUUCCCUUUAUCCUAGUAAGUGUUCAGAACUAAUUAGGGUCUUAGGAGGCAGGUUUUCCAUUGAGCAGUGUUUAGAAAGAAUUGAUGACCUUGAUCGGAAGAAGAAGAACAACUGGUGUGCCUAUGACGAACCAGGUGUUUGCAAGAAAAAGCAUCUUUGUAACUUUCAACACAAAAAAGUCUAUGAAAGGGUUGGCGAAGAGAGGGUACUAGAGGUUGAUCCUCUGAGAACUCUUGCAGAGAAGAAGAUUGCCAGGAUGAUGCAAGAAUCCCAAGAGGACAAAUGGCGACAGAGGUUACGGCUCGGGAAUCCACAUGUGGAGAAAAAGAGUCAAUCUUACAAUACAGAGUGUUCAAGAAAGGGGUUUGAGAGAGAGCACAAAGGGCUUGAGAAGCAUGUCCAAGCACAUUUACGCAAACAAGAUGUUGCAAGGAAUAAAAUUGCUCAGAGACAGGAUGCUCCAGCUUACAAUAGUACAGAGUGUUCAAGAAAGGGGUUUGAGAGAGAGCACAAAGGGCUUGAGAAGCAUGUCCAAGCACAUUUACGCAAACAAGAUGUUGCAAGGAAUAAAAUUGCUCAGAGACAGGAUGCUCCAGCUGCUAUAUUGCAAGCGAAGAAGCUGAAUGAUCCGGACGCUGUUAGGAAGAGGUCAAAGAUGUGUUGCGCCAGUGACCUUCUUGCCAAGAAUGAGGAGCUAACAGAAGGCAGUGCUGCUACUCGUGCACUUUUGACAAGUUACUCACAAACACCAAGGCAAGGAAUGACACCCAUGAGGAGGACGCCUCGAAGAACUCCUGCUGGUAAAAUGACACCCAUGAGGACGCAUAAAAGAACUCCUGCUGGUAAAGGUGAUGCUAUUAUGAUGGAAGCAGAAAGCCUCGCCAGAUUAAGAGACUCUCAGAAACCUUUGCUAGGAGGAGAAAAUCCUGAGUUGCACCCUUCUGACUUCACUGGGGUCACUCCGAGAAAGAAGGAGAUUCAAACGCCUAAUCCAAUGUCGACCCCUUCAAUGUCUCCUGGGACUCCCUUCAGGGUUCAACUUCACAUUAAUGAAGACAUGGACAUGCACGAAAGUGCAAAACUUGAGAGGCAGAGACGAGAGGAAGCUAGAAGGAGUUUACGCUCUGGUUUGACUGGGCAAAUAGUUGCACAACCUCCUCGAGAGGAAAGUGAAGAGCCAGCAGAGAAAAUUGAGGAAGACAUGUCAGACAAGAUAGCGAGGGAAAAGGCUGAGGAAGAAGCAAGACAACAGGCAUUGCUUAAGAAGAGAUCCAAGGUCUUGCAGAGAGAUCUUCCUAGAACCUCAACUGCUUCAUUGGAAGUAAUUAGGAACUCGUUGCUUUCAGCUGAUGGAGACAAAAUUUCUGUUGUUCCUCCUACUCCGAUUGAGGUUGAUGAUAAGAUGGUAAGAGAGGAGCUUCUACAGUUGCUGGAGCAUGAUAAUGCAAAGUAUCCGCUUGAUGAGAAAGCUGAGAAGAAGAAAGGAGCCAAGAACCGUGCCAACCGUUCUGCUUCUCAAGUUCUUGCAAUUGACGAUUUUGAUGAAAAUGAACUCCAAGAGGCUGACAAAAUGAUAAAGGAGGAGGGGAAGUUUCUUUGUGUGUCAAUGGGACAUGAGAACAAGUCACUUGAUGAUUUCGUAGAAGCUAACAACACAUGGCGUGAAUCAGAGAGCCAAUAGUUUUUGAGCCACUAGAGCUACACUAGAGCUACACAACGGUUAUACGUUGAACUUUUGAUGUGGUGUUCUCUUCACCACCUUUAACUCUCAGUUUCUCUCCGUUUUGUAUCUCAGUUUUAACAAAGACAAAGAGUAUGG